CGCCCCGCCCCAAGGUCGGUCGGAGCCGCGGCGGCGGCACCGCGGGUGGGAGCGCGGCGUCCUGUGGGGCUGCGGCGGUGCGUGAGCCAGGCUCCGUGCGGGGCUCCUGCGGGGCGUGUGCGGGCUCGGCGCGGGACUGCGGGAGGAGCCUGCGAGGGGCUCCGUGUGGGGUUGUGCGCCGCGUCGUGUGGGGCUGCGGCGGCUCCGCCUCGUCCUCCCGGGGUUCCAUACGUGGCAAGGAAUUUGUUGUGAGGUCUGGGUGCAAUGGCGAGCCUCCUGCGUGUUGCUGUCAGCGGGUGCUCAGCUCCUGUUUUUGGCAAUGUGUUCCCACCAGGGGUGCGUUCCGCAAAGAUGCCGUGCUUGCGAAUGUUUAGAACUCACCAGGUGCUUGGGUCUCAGGCAGCUCCAAAGCCAGGAAUUCCUUAUAAACAGCUGACUGUAGGUGUCCCCAAGGAGAUAUUUGAGAAUGAGAAGAGAGUGGCUCUGUCACCAGCUGGAGUUCAAGCCUUGGUUAAGCAAGGCUUUAAUGUUGUGGUGGAAUCUGGUGCUGGAGAAGCUUCCAAAUUUUCUGAUGACCAUUACAGAGAAGUUGGAGCAAAGAUCCAGGGGACCAAGGAAGUCCUGGCUUCUAAUUUGAUUGUGAAAGUGAGGGCGCCUAUGUAUAACUCAUCUCUAGGUGUACAUGAGGCAGAUCUUUUCAAGACAGCAGCAACCCUGAUUAGCUUUAUCUACCCAGCACAAAAUCCAGAUCUCCUGAAAAAACUUGCAGAAAAAAAAACUACUGUCUUGGCUAUGGAUCAGGUUCCACGGGUCACCAUUGCUCAGGGAUAUGAUGCACUUAGCUCCAUGGCCAACAUUGCUGGUUACAAGGCUGUGGUCCUGGCAGCAAAUCACUUUGGCCGAUUUUUCACGGGUCAAAUCACAGCUGCUGGUAAAGUUCCUCCAGCGAAGGUACUGAUCAUUGGUGGCGGGGUUGCUGGCCUGGCUUCUGCAGGAGCAGCAAAAUCAAUGGGUGCAGUGGUUCGUGGAUUUGAUACAAGAGCUGCAGCCCUGGAGCAGUUCAAGUCUCUUGGUGCUGAGCCUUUGGAAGUAGACUUAAAGGAAUCUGGAGAGGGACAAGGUGGUUAUGCUAAAGAAAUGUCCAAAGAAUUUAUUGAAGCUGAAAUGAAACUCUUUGCCAAACAGUGCCAAGAUGUUGACAUUAUCAUCACUACAGCACUUAUUCCAGGCAAAAAAGCUCCAAUCUUGUUUAAGAAAGAUAUGAUUGAAUCAAUGAAGGAAGGUUCAGUUGUUGUGGAUUUAGCUGCAGAAGCAGGGGGAAAUAUUGAGACUACAAAGCCUGGAGAAAUGUAUGUUCAUAAGGGUGUUACACACAUUGGGUACACAGAUCUGCCUAGCAGAAUGGCUACUCAGGCCAGUACCUUGUAUUCUAAUAAUAUUAUCAAACUUCUAAAGGCUAUUAGUCCUGACAAAGAGAAUUUCUACUUUGAUCCAAAAGAUAACUUUGACUAUGGGACUCUGGAUCAUGUUAUUAGAGGAACUGUAGUAAUGAAGGAUGGCAAAGUGAUUUUCCCAGCACCUCCACCAAAUAACAUUCCUCAAGGAGCACCAGCGAAGCAGAAGACUGUAGCAGAGCUGGAAGCAGAAAAAGCAGCUACUAUUACACCUUUUAGAAAAACCAUGACUACUGCAUCUGUAUACACAGCAGGUUUAGCUGGUAUGUUAGGGCUGGGCAUUGUAGCACCUAAUGCCGCUUUCACACAAAUGGUGACAACGUUUGGCCUCUCCGGAAUAGUGGGGUACCACACAGUGUGGGGUGUGACUCCUGCUCUGCACUCCCCACUCAUGUCUGUGACUAAUGCUAUCUCAGGUCUGACUGCAGUUGGUGGGCUGGUUCUGAUGGGAGGACACUAUUUCCCUCAAAAUAUUUCCCAAACCCUAGCAGUGCUUUCAGCUUUUAUAUCUUCAGUCAAUAUUGCAGGUGGCUUUUUAGUUACACAGAGAAUGCUGGAUAUGUUCAAACGUCCCACAGACCCUCCUGAGUACAACUACUUGUACCUGCUCCCUGGUGGUGUGUUUGUAGGAGGCUAUGCAGCUGCUCUCAGCGGUGGCUAUAACAUUGAACAAGUGAUGUAUCUGGGCUCGGGACUGUGCUGUGUUGGUGCUCUGGCUGGUUUGUCUACCCAAGGAACAGCUCGUCUUGGAAAUGCUUUGGGUAUGAUUGGUGUUGCAGGAGGUUUAGCCGCAACUCUUGGAAGCCUUAAUCCCUCGCCUGAAUUGUUGGCACAGAUGUCAGGUGCAAUGGCACUUGGUGGGACCAUAGGUCUGACAAUUGCUAAACGCAUCCAGAUUACAGAUCUGCCUCAGCUAGUGGCUGCUUUCCACAGUUUGGUUGGUUUGGCUGCUGUGCUCACCUGUGUAGCAGAGUACAUGAUUGAAUAUCCUCACUUUGCCACUGAUCCUGCUGCAAACCUCACCAAGAUUGUGGCAUAUCUUGGCACAUACAUUGGCGGAGUGACUUUCAGUGGCUCUCUUGUUGCAUAUGGAAAACUGCAAGGUAUCCUGAAUUCUGCACCUCUGCUCUUGCCUGGUCGACAUGCAUUGAAUGCAGGAUUGCUGGCUGCCAGCAUUGGUGGGAUGGUUCCCUACAUGAUUGAUCCUUCUUAUACCACAGGAAUUACUUGCCUGGGUUCUGUGUCGGCACUCUCAGCCAUAAUGGGUGUCACUUUAACAGCAGCUAUUGGAGGUGCUGACAUGCCUGUAGUUAUUACUGUCCUGAACAGUUACUCUGGAUGGGCUUUGUGUGCCGAGGGCUUUCUCCUGAACAACAACUUGCUGACCAUUGUUGGUGCACUCAUUGGCUCCUCUGGGGCCAUCCUCUCUUACAUCAUGUGUGUGGCUAUGAACCGUUCCCUUGCAAAUGUGAUUCUUGGGGGCUAUGGCACUGCAUCAACAGCUGGUGGGAAACCCAUGGAAAUUACUGGAACUCACACAGAAAUCAAUGUGGACAAUGCAGUUGAAAUGAUAAAAGAAGCCAAUAGUAUUAUUAUUACUCCAGGUUAUGGUUUGUGUGCAGCAAAAGCUCAGUACCCAAUAGCUGAUCUGGUGAAGAUGUUGAGAGAACAAGGGAAAAAUGUCAGGUUUGGUAUUCACCCUGUGGCUGGCCGUAUGCCUGGUCAGCUGAAUGUACUGCUAGCAGAGGCUGGCGUUCCCUAUGAUAUUGUGCUGGAAAUGGAUGAAAUCAAUGAAGACUUCCCAGAAACUGACUUGGUCCUUGUAAUUGGUGCAAAUGAUACAGUUAAUUCAGCAGCUCAGGAAGAUCCGAACUCUAUCAUAGCUGGAAUGCCGGUUCUUGAGGUCUGGAAGUCCAAACAGGUCAUUGUAAUGAAGAGAUCUCUGGGAGUUGGUUAUGCAGCGGUGGACAAUCCCAUCUUCUACAAACCAAAUACUGCCAUGUUGCUGGGAGAUGCUAAGAAGACCUGUGAUGCCCUGCAGGCCAAAGUCAGGGAAUCGUACCAAAGCUAAAUACUGAUUUAUUCUGCUCAUUUUUCCGACUACAGUUUUGUCACAGAGGCCACAGUAAAUGAGAGGUGAAAGAAUCUCCCACUGUCAUAAGGCAGCUGGCUUUUGGAGAAGACUGCAUUGACUCCUAGGAGAUGUAGUUCAGUCAGGGGAUAUAAACUUUUAUAAAAAAAUGGGCAGAUCAGCUCUUUGAACUAAAUCUCCAAUGAGACAAUGCAUAAAAGAAUGAAAAUGUUCUUUUUAAGGUCAACAUUGUUCUGUUACAAAAAGGAACUAGUAACUUAUGGCCAUCUUUAAGUAGUUACUGACUUCAUCCUCCUUACUGUCUGUACUUCUGUCAUGGAAAGUCACCAAAAAGUACUGUGCCAAAACUGUAUUCAGUCUUAUCAUCAAAGCUGUUUUUUGGCUGGUAUGGACAAUGCAACUGUUGAUUUAAUCCAAACUUAAAAAUAAAUUUCAAACAGAUGCAAGUGGAAGCAAAUCCUUGCAUGUCCCUUCAAACUCAGGACAUUAUCUGACAUAGAUGCUUACAUGAUUUGAAUUCUAAGCAUAAUGUUCUUUUUCUUUUGGGGAUUGUAUGUAUGCUGUGAAUCAGGAACAUUUUAGGAAAGUUACUUUUCUUUAAAAUACAAUUCCAGUUUUUAAUGGUGCACGCUUAUGUUAAAUGAAACACAGGAUAUCAGGCACUUGCCAAGUAAUCUUCAAGUCUGACAAGGAAAUGAACAUUUAACUUGCACUGCUUCCCUGUUUAAAGCAGCUGCUAAAUUCUCCAUCUUUUCUAGUCAUUGCCUUUUAAAGUGUCUGAGAAAAAAUGUGGUCCGCUUCUGCACAGGCAGAACAUCUUGCAUACCUGAUCUAUUCACAGAAUUUGGACCACAGUGUUUCAGUUUUUCACUUAGACUUUUACUUGUACUUAAUGCUUUGGUAGUAGAGAUGCUUAGUGAUGCUUUCUGAAUUAAUAUUCUUGUGAUGCUGAAAAAACCAAAUUUGAACUCUCCCUCUCUAUGCUCCUUCUGUGAGAUCCCGCUGGAUUGCAUCUUCAGCUCUGGGGCCCCCAGCAAAAGAAAGAUGUUGACCUGUCCAGAGGAGGCCACUAAACUGACCACAGGGCCUGAACAUCUCUUCUUUGGGCACAGGCUGAGAGAGCUGGGACUGCUCAGCUGGGAGAAGGCUUCAGUGACACCUUGUAGCACCUUCCAGUACCUACAAGGGGUCCCCAAGAGGGUGGGAGAAGGACUUUUCACAUGGGCAGGUAGUGACAGGACAAAGGGGAAUGGCUUCAAACUAACCGAGGAGAGGUUAGAAUAGACAUUAAGAAAUUCAUUACUGUGAGGGUAGUGAGGCACUGGAACAGUUUGCCCUUAGAAUUUGUGGAUUCCCCAUCCCUUUAAUUGCACAUGACCAGGCUGUAUGGGGCUCUGAGCAACCUGGUCUAGUGGAAGGUUCCUAGGACCUGGAUGACCUUUAAGGUCACUUACAAACCAUUCUGUGCUUCUAUAUUUAAGAUGCUGGAGUUCAUUAGAAUUUUUCUAAUUAAAUAAGCUUUGUUUGGACAGCACAGAAACAUACUAAACUUAAAAUCCAAUGUUUUGAUUAUAUUACUUUUCAUUAAUCUAAUUAAAAACACUGUUUAAUUUCCAUAAUAAGUCACAGAAUCACAGAAUCACUGUGUUGGAAGAGACCUUCAGGAUCAUCGAGUCAACCCAUGGCCUAACACCUCAACUAGACCAUGGCACCAAGUGCCACAUGCAGUCUUUUUUUAAACACAUCGAGGGAUGGUGACCUUCACCACCUCCCGGGGCAGACCAUUCCAGUACUUUAUUAUUCUUUCCAAAAAGCUUUUUCUAAUAUCCAACCUCUGUUUCCCUUGACGUGGCUUAAGACUGUGUCCUCUUGAGUUGUCAGUUGCUGCUUGGUGAAAGAGACCAGGCAGUUGUGGAGAGUGAUAAGGUCACCCCUGAGUCUCUUCUUCUCCAGGCUAAACACCCCCAGCUCCCUCAGUCAUCCCUCACAGCGUUUGUGUUACAAGCCCCUCACCAGCCUUGUUGCCUCCUCUGGACACACUCAAGUGGCUCAACGUCCUUCCUAAUCUGAGGGGCCCAGAACUGGACACAGCAGUCAAGGUGUGGCCUCACCAGUGCUGAGUACAGGGCAAGAAUGACCUCCCUGCUCCUGCUGGUCACACUGUUCCUGAUCCAGGCCAGGGCCAUUGGCCUUUUUGGCCACCAAGGCACUCUGCUGGCUCAUGUUCAGUCAGCUGCUGAGCAGCACCCCCAGGUCCCUUUCUUCCUGGGCACUGUCCAGCCACACCAUCCCCAGCCUGUAACACUGCAGGGGGUUAUUGGCUAAAAUGCAGAACUCAACACUUGGACUUAUUAAACUUCAUCCUAUUGGACUCUGCCCAGGCAUUCAACCAGUCCAGGUCUUUGCAGAGCCCUCUUCUCUUCCAGUAGAUCAACACAUGUUCCCAGGUUAGUGCCAUCUGCAAAUUUACUAAUGAAAGUCCAUUAAAAUUAAAUUGUGACAUAGA